CUGAAGCCUAAAACUGCGUCCUUGGGUUUGAACGGCAUUGUCGCAUACCCCUUGGAGACAUUCGACUAACUCGUCAACGUUCUUAAAUCCUCAAUAUUUUCCAAGGGUUGGGAUGCUGUGAAGUGAUCUUGUAUUAAGCAUAUCUCCAUUCGCCUUCUUUUGAAGUUUCCAUAGUUUUUCCAUAGUUUGGUUGAAAUAAACACAAACACUACUCCAACAAGGACACUCUGGGAUAAUCAACUUGGGCCCCAGAAAAGAUAACAUUCUUCAAAAUGAAUCACUUUCUCUCAACCAACACCAAUGACGUUGCCAGGCUUUGUGAGGCCGACUUUUAUGAUUAUAUCAUCGUUGGGAGUGGCAUGGGUGGUGGCGUCUUAGCUAGAACCCUGCUCAGCAUCCAGGACAAGGAUCGUCCCCGUGUUCUUCUAAUUGAAAGGGGCAAGUUUUUCUUCUCCACACAUGUCCUUAACACACCUACUCCCCGAUGGAAUCCAAAUAUCCCUGAUGGACCCUCUUCGGAUAACUCCUUCGUCUACGAUGCUGUCAAGAGCCCAGUAUCAACAGUAACUUCGCGGUCUAACCCAUACGCCGGUGGACCAGUACACUGUCUUGGUGGACGCAGCAACCUCUGGGGUCUAUACACACCAUGGAUAAACAAGGAAGAGGCUGAAGGUUACUUCCCAAGCAGUAUUUGCGCUUACUUAUUUGUUGGUGACAAGUGUAAGCAGGGCGAGGGGAAUAUAAAAUGCAAGGAGGACGAGAAGAGUGAUGAGAUGACUGGGUAUGAUCGCGCAUACAAACUACUAACCGGUGAUCCUGAAGCAUCUUUGACACAUCCCUACCCCAGCGGAACUGACUCAGAUAGUUCCGUUUCUAUCUCCCAAGUUAUUGAUGCUCUGGGGAAUGUCGCAGAAUUUACCUUAUGCCCCAUGGCUGCACAUUUCACUCAUAGGAAUCCCGGAGAGAAAUUGUAUCAAAUGUCAAGGGGGGGGUUCUCUACUGUCAGCUGGAUCUUGGCUCAAAUGUACAACAAGAGCGAACACUUGCAUGUGCUCCCUGAGACCCAAGUUGUAGCUGUGAACAGCAGCCCGAGGGACUCUAUGUCGACAGACAAUAACGAGAAGAGCGUAAGAAGCCUUAUUAUUCGCGAUAAUUCCAACAAUGAGCGCGCAAUUCGUACAGGAAAAGCAACCGUCAUACUUAGCGCUGGUACAAUUGAUACGGCGACAAUUGCUCUUCGAAGUGGACUGGGCAACAAGCUUGUCGGCUCGGGACUCACAGACCAUGAUAUCUGGGGUACUCGCUUUGAAUAUCUAGAUGAUAGCGAAAACCUUCAGGCACUUAGGCUGCAGAGUCAUAUCUUACUUGACUCUGAUUCCACCACUAAUCCCGGGACGACCCGCUGCCUCCUCAAUAUUACCAUCAACGCCCAGUCAUUCCUUGGCUGGGGGAGAGAAGGGGGGUUUCCGACUAAAUUCUUUUUGGACGGUACACAAGUAGACGAAGAUAAAUUUCGGGAUGUUGAGAAGUGUGCCAAAGAUGCCAGAAAUUCCAACAAGAAAAAUAAGUCCAUACUCCAGGUUGUGUUUAUCCUUGGAGCCAGAUUGGAAGAGGAAAAUAGGGUUUUGAACCUGCCAGAAGAUAUCCCGACAAUUCAGAUUCCUUCUCGCGUCAAGAAUGACAGAUUCGUGCCACAUAUGAGAUGGUAUGCGGAAGCUAUCAAAAAGGCACUUGAAGCUAGGAAAAUAUUAAUCGUGGACAAUAAUACGCAAAAGACAUUGCCAGAAAUAUUGCCAGAAGUAUCUCGGGCCGAUUUUGGAGUUGUGGCACAUGAAGUUGGAACUAUGCGAAUGAGUAAGGAUGGAAACCGCGAUAACAGUGUCGUGGAUGAGAAUUUGAAGGUCCAAGACUGGAAAAACCUAUAUGUUUGCGAUCUGUCGGUCUUCCCUGCAAGUCCAGCAGCCAACCCAUCGCUGACGUUGGUCGCACUUGCUCAGAGGCUAGGACACCACUUAGAAGGGUUGUCAAGGAAAGAUGAUAACGUCUCGCAGGCCGAAAGAGAACGUAAGUAGUAUAGGGCGUGGGCGGGAGUGCGAUAUUUAGUGUUAGCCUAUGGCACAUCACAUCGAGGCCAAAGAAAGAUAUAGAAGUGAGACUAGUUGUCUUGAGUUAUGCGAGUUUCAGCUCUUGGCUAAAACUUGACAAUUUAUCAUUCGCUAUAAGGCUUUUAUUAGGUUGAGGAGGUAGUUAUCAUGAUAGUUGAUCGACAGAGCUAAAUAUACUACAUUAAAUAUA